GAGCUUGCCAAAGCCACUGAAAUAAGGCCCGGCGCACUGGCAGCAGCGGGUCUCAACCACGGCCCUGCGUUGGCAACGGAACCACAGCUCUCAGCGAGGCCCGCCGUAGCAUGGCCACUCCCAAGAGCUUUCCGACGCUCGUUCAGCUGGAGCAGCGAGAAGGGACGCUAUUCGAGGUGCUCGGGAACCUCACCAAACCGCCCUACUGGUUUCACUCAGAGUACCUGAAGAGUCCGAAGGCAGUUCACCUGGAGGCCUGGCUCGUGGAAGCGAUCUUCGGCCAGGGCGGAGAGCACAUCCCGCACGUCGAGUGUGUGUCACAGACACUGCUUCACAUUAGUCAGUGGGACCCGGAUGGCGAAGCUGAGAUCCUGAUAUUUGGACGGCCUUAUUACCAGAUGGAUGUAUCCAAGAUGAUCAUGAACUUGGCCGAGUACCAUCGCCAACUCCGGGCGCAAAAUACCGAGCCGGAAACAAUGAAAGGCUCCGAGAAGGCGCCUGCCCUGGAAACGGCGACCCAGCGGUCCCCCGACGAAGUCUGGGAGGCGGCGACCCAACGGUCCCCCAGUGCUGCCCGGGACGCCGGGACCCAGCGGUCCCCCGGUGCAGCCCGGGAGAUGGCGACCCAGAGCCCACCCGGCGCUGCCCGGGAGGCGGCGACCCAGCGGUCCCCCGGUGCAGCCCGGGAGAUGGCGACCCAGAGCCCACCCGGCGCUGCCCGGGAGGCGGCGGCCCAGCGGUCCCCCGGCGCUGCCCGGGAGGCGGCGACCCAGCGCUCCCCCGGCGCUGCCUGGGAUGCCGGGACCCAGUGGUCCCCCGACGAAGUCUGGCAGGCAGCGACCCAGAGCCCCCCCGGCGCUGUCCGGGAGGCGGCGACCCAGCGGUCCCCCGGAGCAGCCCGGGAGGCGGCGACCCAGCGGUCCCCCGGCGCAGCCCGGGAGGCGGCGACCCAGCGGUCCCCCGGCGCAGCCCGGGAGGCGGCGACCCAGCGGUCGCCCGGCGCAGCCCGGGAGGCGGCGACCCAGCGGUCCCCCGGCGCUGCCCGGGAGGCGGCGACCCAGCGGUCCCCCGGCGCUGCCCGGGAGGCGGCGACCCAGCGGUCCCCCGGAGCAGCCCGGGAGGCGGCGACCCAGCGGUCCCCCGGCGCUGCCCGGGAGGCGGCGACCCAGCGGUCCCCCGGCGCUGCCCCGGGAGGCGGCGACCCAGCGGUCCCCCGGCGCUGCCCGGGAGGCGGCGACCCAGCGGUCCCCCGGAGCAGCCCGGGAGGCGGCGACCCAGCGGUCCCCCGGCGCUGCCCGGGAGGCGGCGACCCAGCGGUCCCCCGGCGCUGCCCGGGAGGCGGCGACCCAGCGGUCCCCCGGCGCAGCCCGGGAGGCGGCGACCCAGCGGUCCCCCGGCGCUGCCCGGGAGGCGGCGACCCAGCGGUCCCCCGGAGCAUCCCGGGAGGCGGCGACCCAGCGGUCGCCCGGAGCAGCCCGGGAGGCGGCGACCCAGCGGUCGCCCGGCGCUGCCCGGGAGGCGGCGACCCAGCGGUCCCCGGAGCAGCCCGGGAGGCGGCGACCCAGCGGUCCCCCGGAGCAGCCCGGGAGGCGGCGACCCAGCGGUCGCCCGGCGCUGCCCGGGAGGCGGCGACCCAGCGGUCGCCCGGAGCAGCCCGGGAGGCGGCGACCCAGCGGUCCCCCGGCGCUGCCCGGGAGGCGGCGACCCAGCGCUCCCCCGGCGCAGCCCGGGAGGCGGCGACCCAGCGGUCCCCCGGCGCUGCCCGGGAGGCGGCGACCCAGCGGUCCCCCGGAGCAGCCCGGGAGGCGGCGACCCAGCGGUCCCCCGGAGCAGCCCGGGAGGCGGCGACCCAGCGGUCCCCCGGCGCUGCCCGGGAGGCGGCGACCCAGCGGUCUCCCGAAGCAUCCCGGGAGGCGGCGACCCAGCGGUCGCCCGGCGCUGCCCGGGAGGCGGCGACCCAGCGGUCCCCCGGAGCAGCCCGGGAGGCGGCGACCCAGCGGUCCCCCGGCGCUGCCCGGGAGGCGGCGACCCAGCGCUCCCCCGAAGCUACCCAGGACCUGGUUACCAGGUUUUGAAGGCGUUUCAAGCCCUGGAGCAAGAGAGCCAGGAGAAGUCAAAGUGGAAGGAAGCCUCUGCCUGGAACCCUAUUCUGUUAGGUCCCGCUUCUGCCGCAGAAGCUGAGAAAAGAAUGGUGCGGGUUAUUCUUGGUUUCCCCUCUCCCCAUCACUCCCUGUUAAAUGUUUGCAAACACCAAUCUAAAGAAUUCUAAUAAAGAAUUGAA